UAUUCCGGGUCAAGGUUCACCACACACACCCGACUGACAGGUUACGAGCGCGUUUUGUGUGCAAGCUGUGUUGGUGGAUAGCAGACGGAUACCGGCAGACAUGUAACAACCAGUGAUGCAGUUUCAGUAAGCAGGACGACUAGGAGCUGACGUUGUUGAAGUGAGAUUCAAUUUCAUGAUCAAGUCUUACCUGCCGUGACAACCGUUCGUCUCAUCCCAUAUUCAAGUAUAUGGGGUCGAAGGUCAAAGCGUGCAGCGGGCGAGUCCUUUUGAGGCAAGGGAUGUGAGGGUCGUUUUUUUCUGUAUCAGUUGGAUGUUUACCGACCAAGAACAGGUUGUACAGGCCUAUGUUUAACUCGUGAAAGCGCAAUCAACCACCUCUACCCAGGUUUUGGUGUAGAGAGACAGUUCCCAAAGACAUUAUGGCGCCGACAGUAAAUUCAGAAAAGACAAGCCUUAUUCCAAACAGCCGAGACGCCGAACGGCAGACGACAAUAAGGACAGUCCGACAGAACCUUACCGCGCUAUGUGUUGUCUGGAUGUUCACGUUUACAGCGUACUCAGGAUUACAGAACCUGGAAGCAAGUCUCAAUCUCGAUCUCGGAAUCUACUCUUUAGCCGCCAUUACCGGAAGUGGCCUCAUCACGUGCAUCCUUGCUCCCGCCAUCAUCAAAUUCACCGGAUGCAAAGGAGCUCUAAUUAUAUCCUGGAUAUGUUUCUGUGUGUUUGUUGGUUCCAACUAUUACCCGAAGACCUAUUCCUUGAUUCCUGGCUCGAUAAUUAUCGGUUUAGGAACUGGACUCCUAUGGACUGCCCAAGGUGUAUACGUGACUACCUCUGCUCUUGAUUAUUCCGAUGUUACAGGUGAAAAAAUGGAUUCUGUGGUCAGUAGAUUUUUUGGAAUUUUUUGCAUCGGGUUUCAGAGCACUCAGAUAUGGGGUAAUCUCAUUAGCUCCCUUGUUUUUCGUGAUGUAAAUAAUAACAUCACAAUCGAUGAUGUAACUCAUUGCGGAGCAGACGACUGUCCUGUGAAUCUCCCGCCAUUUUCGAACCAGACGUCACCGGUAUCAAACAAACCAGACGACACGACGGUGUAUGUUUUACUGACGAUCUAUCUCGGUUGUGUUGUGGCUGGACUUGUUAUAACUGUACUCUUCCUGAAGCCAAUCAAAUCCCGUGGAUCUGAGAGGGAUACGGGCGCCAUGACACUUCUGACGUCAACACUGCGUCUUCUUGUGACCGACCUGAACAUGGUGUUGCUGGUGCCAUUCUGUCUCUACACAGGCAUGGAGCAGGUGGUUCUGUUCGCUGAAUAUACAAAGUCGUUCGUGACGUGUUCUCUUGGCAUCGACUGGGUCGGGUACACCAUGAUCUGCUUCGGGGUGUGUAACACCAUCGGCUCCCCCAUCGUUGGCUGGCUGUGUCGAUACGUCGGCCGCGGUGUCCUCUUCCUUUUUGCUGCUGUGAUGAACAUCGCUCUGAUCAUAACCAUGUUACUUUGGCAUCCGUCGCCUAGCAACAAGGUUAUGUUUUUUGUGGUUCCAGGUCUAUGGGGUAUGGCGGACGCUGUCUGGCAAACACAGAGCGCUGCUCUUAUAGGUGUUGUGUUUGCGCACAAACAAGGGCCUGCCUUCGGUAAUCUCAGGAUGUUUCAAGCGACGGGAUUCACUAUAGCGUACAUCUAUAGCAACCAACUGUGUCAAUAUGUAAAACUCUACCUGAUUGGUGCGUUCCUCGUUGUGUCCCUGACUCUGGUUGGUGUAGUACACAUCAGACGUAAAAACCGCCCCAACUCGACCUAUCCCCGAGCUGGAGAUGAGACCUAGGGCCAUUACGUUACUGUUCUGAAAUGGGCUUGUCCAAGGGAGACAAUUCAGUCUGACGUUUCUCCACAAAGACCAGACGAACAAGGACAAUGUGGAUUCAGCUCUAUUCUUGUAUAUGUGCGACAUUUAUAAUUAAUUUUAAUACAGACAUUCAACUAAACACGCAGCGUUCAGAAGAGUUUUUUUUCAGAAACAUGAGGACUCUACGAUGAGUAGACCUACACAUGAUCACACAUCUGCACAUCCUUUUUUGAAAAACAACAAACCCGAUUGAGUCGAAUA